AUGCGGGUGCACCGGAGGGAGGCGCUCUGGGCAGACAAGGAUUACAAGAAAGCCAACUUGGGUACCAAGUACAAGUGCAACCCUUUCGGUGGAACGUCUCAUGCCAAGGGUAUCGUGGUGGAGAAGAUCGGCAUCGAGGCAAAGCAGCCGAACUCAGCUAUCCGCAAGUGUUGCCGGGUACAGCUCAUCAAGAACGGUAAGAAGAUUGCAGCUUUUGCAGCAUGGAGCCUGUCUUUGCAGCAGUUUCAGCUCGCGCUGAUCUCAGCUCGCAAUCCACCAUAUUCCACCAUCAACGAGAUGUCAGCGAGUUUCCGCAUGGCAGCGGAUGACUUAGUCCAAACCGUGGACAUGUAUCGUGCGCUAGCGAAGCCUGCCGGCGGCAAGGAAACAGAUCCCGUGUCCAACAACAACUUGGCCGACGUCAUGGGGGUGUUGCGCUACGUGCACCAAGAGGUCGUUGUGGAGCACGUCGCUGGUGAUCCAGGGCGGACUUCCAGGAAGUAUGGCAUCGAUGCCUUCGCCCACUACCGGAUGAAAGUCCGAAAUCCGGAUGGAAUGCUGAAGGACCCAAGCAAGCUUGCCAUGCCUGGCUUCGGUCGCUAUGGAGCCUUUGAUUAUGGUGUCGCGACAUCUCUGGACCUUCUUGAGGGUGUCGUGGCCAAUGGUGACUAUGUGGGCAUCUCCAAAGAGGAUUCGCCGCAGAUCAACUUUACGCACCCGUGGUACUGGUUCUCUGUGGAUGGGGAUUGCCCAAAUCUGCCUUGGCAAUGCGUGAAGCCCUUUCCGGGAUGCGCAGCGCAGGCACCCCCAACGAAGCCGCAGCCUUGCGACCCAGACGGUUGCGCGGGCAAGCAGGACAAGGAUGCCCGGAACUGCAGCACGGACCCUCACUUCGCGGACCCGUCGGACACCGACACGGCGCGGAAGUGCUGCCUGCACUACAGCCAGUUUCCUGACAAGGUGAUCAUGGGCGGCUUGUGCAACUCCUCGGUGAAGAGCCCCACUGGAGAGAUCGGUUGUGUCUACACAUACGAGGCCUUGCAAGCCAAAGACUACGUGAAUCUCGACGACCUGAAUGGAAUCACCAGCAUGCCCUGCGGCCCGUCUGGCAAGAGGAAAUGCACAGGCUGGAAGGACUGGCGUGACAACUGCUACGACCCUCAGAAGAAGUAUAAGAAGAGGUUCCACUGCAAGGAUUGCAGCUCUACAAGCCCUAAGUGGGACGUUGAAAUCCAGGAGACUGGCUUCUGCGUCGAGUACGAUCUUCACCCUUACUGCCAGCAAACUCAGGAUCUGUGCAAGGACCCUCGAUGCAUGCAGGUGAACAAAGAGGAGAAGGAGCUGGGUCUUCCGUUCUGGAAGGGGAAGUGCGAAGUGCGGGGCAACCAGCGCCGUGCUGAAGCAGUCGCGCGGUUCUUUCUGGGAGAUGCCGUGAAGGAUUCCCAUUGGCUAGUCGACAAGGCGGCCAUGGAUGCCAGUCCAGCCUGUGCAUCCAAAGACACUUCAGUGCCCAACCAGUGCACUCCAAAUCCUGAUGGUGGUCCGUACUGCACUCGUCUCUUUGGUGGUGUUUGUUCGACCUGCUACAUCCCAGGAACUGAUCCGCCAUAUCCUGAUCCAACUUCGCAGCCAAUGUGCCCGUGGGACACAUUGAAGGAGAAGGGCAAUACACCUCCAACCGAGACGAAGUGUGCAUCAGAAGAUCCCUUGAAGCUUUGCUGCCUGUACGGCAUCGGAAGCUGCAGCGGCGUGAAUGGCACAGACGGCUCUGAUGCAGAGUUGACUGCGAAAGGCUUUCUCAUGGUUGCCAGGAUGCAGGACAACAAGGAGAUGGUCAAGUUUGCCACCCGCUACGUGGAUUCCUUCAAGGGCGCGGUAGAGAACAAGGGAGCUUUCUCCGAAGACAUCUACUCGACGUGGCACUACCAGCCUCCAACAAACCCCGAGCAGGCCUGGACGGACUUCACAACCGCUGUCAACCAGAGCUCCGGUGUCAACUGGGAUCCAUCCAAGCCGACACCGAGUCCUGGGGGAGGCAGCCUGACUUGGCUUUGGAUCGUAAUCGCGAUUGUUGUGCUGGCACUGCUGGGCUUCGCAGGUUUCAAGUACUACCAGAGCCAGCAACAGGCCCGGGAGCCUUUCCUGCCAAGGACAGAGAAUCCUCAGGUACAGAUGAGGAAUUAG